CCACCCUGGCUACGGCUGCUGGCUCUCGGGCAUCGACGUCAGUACCCAGAUGCUUAAUCAGCAAUUCCAAGAGCCCUUCGUAGCAGUGGUUAUUGAUCCCACAAGAACAAUAUCUGCAGGAAAAGUAAAUCUUGGAGCAUUUAGGACAUAUCCUAAGGGCUAUAAACCUCCAGAUGAGGGGCCCUCUGAAUACCAGACUAUUCCACUUAAUAAAAUAGAAGACUUUGGUGUACACUGUAAACAGUAUUAUGCUUUAGAAGUCUCAUACUUUAAAUCAUCUUUGGAUCGUAAAUUGCUUGAGCUUUUGUGGAACAAGUACUGGGUGAACACCCUCAGCUCUUCUAGUUUGCUUACUAAUGCUGACUACACCACUGGCCAAGUCUUCGAUUUGUCUGAAAAAUUAGAACAGUCAGAAGCUCAGCUUGGGAGAGGCAGUUUCAUGCUGGGAUUAGAGACUCAUGACAAGAAAUCAGAAGACAAACUUGCAAAAGCAACAAGAGACAGCUGCAAGACCACCAUAGAAGCUAUACAUGGAUUGAUGUCUCAGGUUAUUAAGGAUAAACUUUUUAAUCAAAUUAAUAUAGCUUGAAGUGCAUCACCAGCUGAUAUGCAUCUCCAAAGCAGAAAAUAUCAUCGUUUCUUUUGCUUGGACUUGUUCAAUUUGGGAAAUGAAGCUGGAGUGGAAAAUUAUUCAUUUAAUUUGUAGUACUUUAAUAUUUCCCACCUGUCUGACCAGUUUUAAAGAGCAAAAUGUUCUGAAAUGUAGUGCAACAUUUUUGUUCUUUAUCAUAAAACAACCAGUUUGGAGAAUUGUUCCAAAAGAAGAAUAAAUUUGACUUUACUGGAUUUUGCUCUUAGGUAUUUAUCUCUAUUAUCCAACUGCAAUAAAAGAAUUUUGGAAC